AUGGCCAUCGCUAACAUCACUGUCAUAAGCCAUAGACUUUUCUAUCUUCUAGGCAUUCCUGGCCUGGAAAAUCACCACAUCUGGAUCUCAGUCCCAUUUUUAAUCUCCUAUAUUAUUGCCUUCCUUGGUAACAGUCUCCUCAUCUUUAUUGUUGCUACUGAUCACAGCCUCCAUGAACCCAUGUAUAUCUUCCUAUGCAUGUUGGCUGGAGUUGACAUUUGCCUCUCCAACAUUACAGUUCCUAAAGCCCUGGCCAUCUUUUGGUAUAAUUCUGGAGGAAUAUCCCUAUAUGGGUGUAUUACUCAAUUAUUCUUCAUCCACUCAACCUUCGUUGCUGAAUCAGGAAUCCUUCUGGUAAUGGCAUUUGACCGCUAUGUUGCCAUUUGUUACCCACUGAGAUACACAAUGGUUCUUACCCCCUCAGUGAUUAUAAAAACCAGUGUGGCUGUCUUCUUGAGAAGUGUUGUUACCAUAUUCCCCAUAAUAUUCCUUUUGACGAGGCUAACUUUUUGCAAAAAUAAUCUUCUCCCUCAUACAUAUUGUGAACACAUUGGUUUGGCCAAGUGUGCUUGUGCCAGCAUUCAAGUGAAUAUCUGGUAUGGUAUAUUUGUCCUUUUGAUAACUGUGGUACUAGACAUUAUCCUCAUUGUUGCAUCUUACUGUAUGAUUCUCCAUGCCAUCUUUCACAUCCCCUCUCAGGACGCUCGUCACAAGGCUCUCCAUACCUGUGGUUCCCAUAUCUGUGUCAUCUUCCUCUUCUACAUUCCGGGAAUCUUCACAUUUCUGGUCCAAAGGUUUGGUAAACAUAUAUCACCUCAUGUCCAUAUCCUAAUGGCUAAUGUCUGCAUGCUGGCUCCUCCUGUGAUGAACCCCAUCAUCUAUGGGAUCAAGACCAAACAGAUCAAGAGCAGAGUGUCUUAUUUGUUGUUUCAGAGACCAAGAUGA